UUGGCUGGUCGGCAUCGUACGCGCUCGUUCUCAUUGAACCGUGGCCGCGCGAGCUCGCGUGGUGGCCGGGGUGGCCGUGCAGCAAGGGGUGCUGGCCAUCCUCAAGCUCCCGGCAACAACUACAUCGGCGUCGAUGAAGAAGAAGGAUACAAAGAGGAGGUCGAGGACUUAGGCAGCUCCGGCAGCCCUCCGGUGAGCUAUGACACUAGAGCGAAUUGGAAUGAUCUGAAUAAUGGUUAUUUGUUGCAAUUGUGCUUAGAGCAAGUGCAAGCAGGCCAUUAUAAUGGAAAGCAAAUGAGUGGUGAUGGGUACAAGGCUAUAUCCUAUGGUUUUUAUGCCAAAACUGGAAAGAAGCAUGGUCGUGGGCAGCUAAAGAAUCAAAUUGGCAUACUUAAGAGCACUUACUCUUUUUGGUGCUAUUUACAAGCACACACUGGUUUAGGGAGGAAGCCAGAUGGAACCAUUGAUGUUGAUUCAGAAUUCUGGUGUACGCACACAGAGAACAAACCAUAUUUGAAGAAGUUAAGAUGGGGUCCUCUAGGAAACUUGGAUCUGCUAGAACAAAUGUUCAGUUCUAGUACCAUUGAUGGAGGUGGUGCCUUUGUGCCUGGAGAUAAUUAUGGUGCUGCCCAAGAAGGUGCUGAGGAUGCAUGGCCCAAAGAAGCAGAAGAAGAGGACUUUCAGGAAACACCAAGAAGUACUAGUAGUAGCCAAAAGAGUAGUGGCAAGAGGUCUAUUGAGAGUACUACCAGCACUGGUGAAAGUCCAGUCAAGAAGAGCAAAAGCCCAAUGGUUCGUUAUGUGAGGGACUUGUCCAUUACCUUCAAGGAGGCCGUGCAAAUCAAUAGUCAGGAAAUGAAGAAACGAGCUAGUGACAAGGAGGCUUUUUCAGUGAGGAGGUGUCAGCAAUUGGCUUUUGAGUGCGGUGUUGAGCAAACAAGUGAGGCUGUCUUUGCAAUGGCCAAGAUGUUCCAAGACCCCUUCCAAAGGGAGUUCUUUUGUGGCAACUUGACACCUGAGCUUAGGCUUAGUUACUUCAAGAAAUGGUGCAGGGAACAGGGUUUGGAGUAGUUAGGAUGGUACAAUGAACCUAUUAUGCAUGUCAUGUGUUGGACAACUAUAUGUUUGUGCUGCCUGUGAUGUGUUGGACCUUUUAUUUGUGUUCAUGUGCUGAAUCUUCUAAUAUUAUGCUAGCUAUCUUACUGUUCUGACAA